AUGUACAAUCUCAAGGAAGAUGUGUAUUACGCAGAAGCGUGGCAGAGGCAUUUACAUAUCUGCGAGUUCAUCGUGGUUUCUCGUCUUGGGUUCAACCUGAAACCUCUCAUUCGUGAGAAUCCGUUGCUGUAUCUAGAAGCCGUGUGUCGUGAACUACCAGAACAGUGCUCAGUGGAUUUGACCACUAGUUACGGGCGUUGCCUAAACUUGAUGGCCAUGCCGCUAAGUGGGGUUUGGCUGUCCGCUCGCUCAGUGGCGUUUCUCGCCGCACUUGAUCCCAACCGCGUCGACCUGAAGACGGUGCUGCUUCAAGCAUGUCCGAAAUGCCCAACCACCUUUAUAGACUUAAUCUCAGAUAAGAACAUCCAAGGGUAA